GCGUCGGCCCCGCGGGUUGGGCGGCAGGCCCUCCGGGGUGUGGCCGCCGCGCGCCCCUCCUCCGCCGCGGCCUCGCCUCCGGUGGUCGCCCGGCUCCCGGCUCCGGCUCCGGCUCCGGCUCCGGCUUCAGCUCUGCAGCGCGCUCGCACCGCCCCGCCAGCUCUCGGACCAUGGCCAACGUGGAGCGCACCUUCAUCGCCAUCAAGCCGGAUGGUGUGCAGCGCAGCCUGGUGGGUGAGAUCAUCAAGCGCUUCGAGCAGAAGGGAUUCCGCCUCGUGGCCAUGAAGUUACUCCAGGCCUCUGAGGACCUCCUGAAGCAGCACUACGUUGACCUGAAAGACCGCCCAUUCUUCCCCGGGCUGGUGAAGUACAUGCACUCUGGCCCCAUCGUGGCCAUGGUCUGGGAGGGGCUGAAUGUGGUGAAGACAGGGCGAGUGAUGCUCGGAGAGACCAAUCCAGCAGAUUCCAAGCCGGGCACCAUUCGCGGGGACUUCUGCAUUCAAGUUGGCAGGAACAUCAUUCAUGGCAGUGAUUCAGUAAAAAGUGCUGAGAAAGAAAUCAGCCUCUGGUUUAAGCCUGAAGAAUUGGUUGACUACAAGUCUUGUGCUUUUGACUGGAUCUAUGAAUGAGAUGGGGAGGGCAUCAGUGCCCUCUGGCACCACUUGAUGUGUCCCUGGACACAGCUCUUCAUUCCACUCAUUGGAAGCAAUAGGAUUCAUCUUUCUUUUCUAAAGCGUAUUUACCAAUAAAGCCUUUGGAAACUGGG